AUAUCUACUAAUUAGUAAGUUUUAUUAGGUGACUGGAAUAAUGAAGCAACAACCGACAAAGCUGAAAUCGCAUUAGCUGAAAUACAGUCGCCACCUACUCAAAUCGCAAUUAAGAAAUAGUUGCGUAUCCUAUUUUGACUCUCAAUUCAAUCUAGUAUUUUCACCGUAGCUGAAGGCGGUGCCUCACGCCGUCGCCAUCGCCACCGUCACCAAUCACCACCGCUCCUCCUCCUCCGUUUCUCCGUCACCUUUUAAUUUCUCUCCCCCCACCCCCGCCUCUCCUUUGCCCGUCGGAUCUGCUACUACUGCGCACAAUAUCAAUUUUUCAGAUUUCAUCAGUUCAUCGGAAAUAUUUUCCUGUACAAUGGAUCUGGCGGCGGAAGAGCUUCAGUUCCUCAGCAUUCCCGAUAUCCUCAAGGAAUCAAUUUCCAUCCCCAAACAAUCCCCCAAAACCUUCUACCUCAUAACCCUAACCCUAAUUUUCCCGCUUUCCUUCGCCAUCUUAGCCCACUCACUUUUCACGCACCCGAUCCUCUCCCAGCUCCAGGCCGACACCACCGCCGCCACCUCCGAUUGGUCCAAGCUGCUCGUCUUCCAGUUCUUCUACCUCAUCUUCCUCUUCGCCUUCUCCCUCCUAUCCACCGCCGCCGUCGUAUUCACCGUCGCCUCGCUCUACACCUCCAAGCCCGUUUCGUUCUCCUCCACCAUUGCCGCAAUUCCCAGCGUGUUUAGGCGCCUCUUCCUCACGUUUAUGUGGGUUUCCACUCUGAUGGUCGUGUACAACAUUGUGUUCCUGGUGUUUCUCGUGCUUCUCAUCAUUGCCGUGGAUACGCAGAACGUGUUCUUGUUUCUAUUCUCCAUCAUUGUGGUUUUCCUGUUGUUUUUGGGCGUACAUGUUUACAUAAGCGCUCUGUGGCAUCUUGCCAGCGUUGUGUCUGUUCUAGAGCCUAUUUAUGGGAUAGAUGCUAUGAAGAAGAGCUAUGAGUUGUUGAAGGGGAAAACUCGGAUGGGUUUCGCUAUCGUUUUUGUUUACUUGGCUAUUUGCGGAGUGAUCAACGGGAUAUUUGGGUCGAUUGUGGUGCAUGGAGGAGAUGAUUACGGGGUCUUGGUGAGGAUUGUGGUAGGUGGGUUCCUUGUUGGUGUUUUGGUGAUUGUGAAUCUGGUCGGACUUUUGGUGCAGAGUGUGUUUUACUAUGUUUGCAAGAGCUAUCAUCAUCAAAGUAUUGAUAAGAGUGCGCUUUGUGAUCAUCUCGGUGGAUACCUCGGGGAAUAUGUGCCUCUUAAGAGUAACAUUCAGAUGGAAAACUUGGAUGCCUGAUAGCAGAGUCGAGCACUCAGUACAUUUCUUAGAAGGGAAAAAAGUGUAAGUAUAAAGUGGAGAACCUUUUAAACGGGUGAGUUUGUUUGUGUUGUUGCGAUGAUGAAUUAAGGUUGUCUUUGAUCUUAUUUUAUGUUGUGUAGAGUUUAUGUUUUUCUUUAUGUUGGAUGCUACUUGUUAAUCUGUUUGGUGCAGGCAAGGUGAAUUGAUUAACAGUGUUAAGUGUUCGGUGUUUAGUAUGUCCAAAUUUGUCUUAUGUUUUUGGCUUAAACUUGUGCGGUUCUUUUC